AUGAACCUAUGUCUAGUCUCAUGUCCUGAUGAAAUACUGAAACAAAUUUCUGCCUCUGGUUGUGUGAGAUACUUCAAAGCUCUGACGGUCCUCAAUAUUGGUUUUCUACCUAUUGAAUCCCAUAUAUUUUCUAUUAACUGUUAUGAUACGGCGUGGCUCUACACAUGUCCUGUGGAUCGUGUGCCAGAUGUGAAUAACCGGUUGGAGAAUCUCGCUGAACACAUUGCAACACUGUGUGUAACCUUAAAUGAAUAUCCCAAAAUCCGAUAUAGAAAGCGUUCAUGUAACUUUGAACUCGCACAAUUUAUUCAGCUGAAGCUGGCAAAACACAAGGAAGAUAAUCCCCAGUUAGGUCAAGGCUUGCAUAAAGAUCGCAGCAUUCUCCUUCUGCUGGACAGAGGUUUUGACCCUCUCACUCCUCUUCUUCACGAUCUUACAUUGCAAUCACUGAUUCGGGAUCUUAAAGAACUCGAUGGCAACAGCUACAAGUAUGGGAAGGAUCAGGAAUAUGAGCUCACAGACAAGGACAAACUAUGGAAGGAGUUGCGUAACGAGCAUAUCGCAGAUGUGUCCAAAUCUCUGCCUACACGGCUUAGAGCGUUUGCAGAGAGCAAACGGCAUUUCUUAGCCUCAACAAAGAAGGCGGAUGAGAUUGCGAGUGGAACUAGUAGUCUACGUGGCUCAUUGGAGUCUAUUACUAGUGUGGGCACCUCCUCCUAUGGUGUGGUGAAUUAUGGGGCCGAUGUACCUCCUGAUGCUAACUCAAACGCCUCUAAACUCAGCAGUGCUGCCCAUCUGCGUGCCCUUCAAGCCAUGGUGCAUGAGAUGCCGCAGUACCAAAAGGAAGCAGCCAGCUACAACGCCCUCGUCUCCAUUACUGACUACUGUCUGUCCGCUUGCCGAGAAAAUAUUAACACUAUUUGUACUGUGGAACAGGAUCUAGUCAUGGGACAAACCGCGCAUGGUGAUGCUUUGUCGGAUCCGAUGAUGGCCUUAGUGAAUGUGUUGAAGCCCGACUCAAUGUCCGAAGUGGACAGAUUUCGACUAAUUUUGAUCUACAUCAUAACACAAGGUGGUAUAUUAGAGGCAAACUUGGAAAAGCUCCUUGACUAUGCCAGACUCUCGUUGACCUACAAAUCUCUCGUUGCAGCAAUGUCCUCCAUCAUGGGUGCACGGUUGAUUACCAGCAUUGAUGGAUCGUUUGAUUCACCACUGUUUAGAGGUUUGCCGAGUCUCGCAUCGGCCCCUUCUUUCAUUCAGCACUACUUGCCCAUCAAAGGAAAACGGUUGCAUGAUGUGGAUGAAAACUCCUAUGCUCUCUCACGUUGGGUGCCUUAUCUUGAUGAUCUACUUGAGAAGUGUAUCUCGGACAGUCUGGACUCUCAGUGCUUCCCUUACCUGCCGGGUGUUCAGGGAUGCUUGUCGAAAGUGGAUUCCUCCCUAAAGCCGCCUGACCAAUUAGCAACUCCAACCAGUGGUGACUUACGCGGUCCUUCGGCACGUUUCCGUGCACCCUCGCCUCAGCCUCCAUCGUCGACUGGGACUAGCGGUAUCAGCGGCUCGGCAGGAAGCAUACCCGCAUCACCCGAAACUAGUAACCGGCAUUCGCAGGGUUCUGACAGUGGGCGCAACACUACGAUUGCUGAUGACUCCAUUUUUGGCCAAACUUCCAUGUCCGAUCACUGUGGUCCACGACUCAUUGUUUUUGUGACUGGGGGGAUCACUUGGCCGGAAACGCGUGUCUGCUAUUCUGCCACCCAAAGGUGCGUUGAGGCGCGCCUGGCAGCAAGCGACAGAUCGUCGGGUCCACCAACAGGAAUGCCCGUGAAGAAUCGUGUUCACCUCGGGAAACACUCACGUAGGUCCGGUGGACUCUCACUAUCCUCCUCCCCUCCUAGCAGUCAGCACGUGCUGAAGAACGGCGGUGGAACCGGAUGGAAUUGGGAGGUUGUCCUAGGGGGAACUGGUGUCCUUACUCCCAAACAAUUCAUCAGAAAUUUGCAGAAUCUUGCAGACUACUCAUGA